AUGGCCAAUCAGCGAGUUACUGGUGAAAAUGAAAGAACAAAGAAUAUAAAAUCCUCAAACUGCAGUGACCCUAUCAUUGAAGAAAAUGAGAAAACACAGAAUAUUGUAGUUUUUGAAGAAAAAAAACAAAUUGAUAAAUCAGAGUUACAGACAGAAUCUGAUUCUAAAUAUGAUAUUGGUCUUUAUAUAAAUUGUUCAAAACCUCUAACCAAUACAGAAAAAAUUUUAAUUUUACAUAAUUUAUGGGUGCCUGAUGUAAAUUAUAAAUUUCCAGCUCAAGAUAAUGGCAAGUUUAAACGUACUUUUCAGUUGAAAUGGCUUAACACAUUUAAUUGGUUAGCUUAUUCAAAACUGAAAGAAGGGGCUUUUUGUAUGUAUUGUGUACUUUUCUUGUAUCAAACAAAUGUUGGUAAAGGUUCUCACGUAAAACUGGGCAAACUUGUAACCAAACCUCUUAUUAAAUUAAAAGAUGCAUUAGAAUCAUUAAAAAAUCAUGCCAACUUAAAUUUCCAUAAAACUGCAAUGUUAAAUGCCGAUAAUGUAAUUAAAAUUCAUAACAAGGAACAGGAUAAUGUAUAUAUGCAAUUAAAUACUAAGAAAAAGCAAGAUAUUUUAAAAAAUCGUUCAUCUUUGAAACCUAUUAUUCAGACUAUUCGAUUGUGCGGAAGGCAACAGAUUGCAUUAAGAGGGCAUACAGACUGGACGAAUUGA